AUGUUCAGGGAAGAUCAAUACUUUGAAGCCAAGGUUAUGCUUAGAUCCUACAAGGAUGCCUAAGACUGCAUCAAAACUAGUGCUGAAAGAAAAAUGAACUUAUAGAACUAUGAAAACCUUGUUAAUAUAAUUAUCGAUGCCAAAAAGAACAGAGGAAUUGAAUUCAAGUAUGAAGAAGUGUAAAAGGGUCCCAAAUUUUAGAAUUUAAAGGAAAUUAAGCUCUUCUAAUUCUCGAACUUUAUUUUUAAGAGAUAUAUGAAUACCUUUGAUGAUUUCAAUGGAGAUUAUGAUGGCUUGAAAAAAUAAUUGAAUGAAGGUCUUUUUAAUAUGAAAAGAGACUAUGAUUUAGCUAACUAAAAGUAAUGA